GCUGUCCAGCUCCUCAACGACUCAACAUCUACCAAUUGGACAUCAUGAACUCUCUCCGUAUCGCUCGCACAGCUCUGCGAGUACGCCCUACGGCUGUCAGGGCCCCUCUUCAACGCAGAGGAUAUGCUGAGGCAGUUUCGGAUAAGAUCAAGCUGAGCUUGGCUCUGCCCCAUCAGUCAGUCUACAAGUCACAAGAUGUUGUCCAGGUCAACAUUCCCGCGGAAUCCGGCGAAAUGGGUGUGCUCGCAAACCACGUUGCUUCCAUUGAGCAGCUGAAGCCGGGACUCAUUGAAGUUAUUGAGGAGAGUGGUGGAAGCAAGCAGUUCUUCCUCUCUGGAGGCUUUGCGAUUGUCCAACCAAACUCGGAAUUGAGCAUCAACGCUGUUGAGGGAUACCCAUUGGAAGACUUCAGCAUAGACGCUGUUCGAUCACAGAUCUCGGAGGCACAAAAGAUCGCAGGUGGAAGUGGAAGCGAGCAAGACAUUGCUGAGGCGAAGAUUGAACUUGAGGUUUUGGAGAGCUUGCAAGCUGCUCUCAAGUAAAGAUGAAACUUCGGUUCUGGGGAAGGAGGAGAGAAUUAUAGAGGUAGCGACUAUGUACAUCAUUG